AGUGAAGGACUGACAGAUCAUGUUAAAGUGACUGUGACUCUCUCACAUCAGCAUCAGAAAUAACUUGACAGGAAGAGGAAGUUCUCACCAACAUACGUCAGUUGUGUUUCAGUCAGACAGUCAGUCUGCAGGAAGGCAACAUGGAGGCCACAUCUCUCUGCUUCAGACUGUUGAUGCUUGAAUUAAUUCUGCUGGAAACGCAAGUUCAGGACAGUUCUACUCAGAAGAGUGCUGCAGUUUUUCUUCGUAUCGCUCCAAACAGUCAGCAGCACUUUGAAUACCAGCCCAUCUCUUUUCACUGUGACGGGAUUGAUGGUUCGACUCAACUGAGAGGGAACACGAGUGCUAAGGAAUUUGAUCCAGAAUGUGAUAUGAAGCGGACGUCAACAGGGUCUUCCUGCACUAUUGACAGAGUCUAUUCAGAGGACAGUGGAGAAUACUGGUGUGAGACUGCAGAGGGAGAGAGGAGCAACACUGUCAACAUCACCAUAACUGAUGGUCCUGUGAUCUUGAAGAGUCCAGUUCUUCCUUUAAUGGAGGGAGAUGCUGUGACUCUGCACUGCAGAAGCAAGAAAACCAUCUCCGACCUCACAGCUGAUUUCUACAAAGAUGGCGUCCUCAUGAAGAGCAGUCCUACAGGGAAGAUGACCAUUAACACAGUUUCCAAGUCUGAUGAAGGCCUCUACAAGUGCCGCAUCCCUGGACUUGGAGUGUCACCUGGAAGCUGGUUAGUUGUAAAAGCUGGUUCUGUGACCCGUGAGAGUCCUGGGCUUCCUGCGACCAAGGUCACUCUGAACUGCAGAGACCAGAAGACUUCAACAAACCUCACAGCUGAUUUCCCUGAAGGUGUCCUCCUCUUUGGGAGCAGCUCCACCAGAGAAGUGACCAUCCACAUUGUUUCAAAGUCUGAUGAGGGACUCUACAAGUGUAACAUCUCUAAUGUUGGAGAACCACUCGAGAGCUGGUUGGCAGACAGAGAAAAGCCAAGAGAGUCGUGGCCCUACUUGUAUGUCGUCCUCGUCUUAAGGACUGUUUUCACCAUCUUGCUGGUGGCUCUGCUGCUGCUGCUGGUGGGACUGCUUCACUGUGGGAAACUCAGAGUUACACACAAAUAACUCAAACUUAUAUACAAGUAACAGACUGAUGAAUCACCAGCACAGAGUCUCGGCUUGUUUGGUCAUUACGAUCCACCGUCAACAGGUAAAGAUUCACCUCAGACCGUCACCAGCAUUGUUUUACAUCUUAAUGUUUUUUAAAUGUUAUUAUAGUUUAAGUUUAGUGUUUAGCUUCUCUGUUCUACGUGUUCAGUCUUGCAGUAGCUGUUUGACUUUCUCACGCCCAGACAAGGUUUAAAAACCACAGAGGUGCUGACUGAUGCAUCGACUAUUUUUAAAGAGCCACGUGUCAGUUCUCUCAGUCAGUAAAUGUUGUUCUGUUUUAGAGUCACAGAUGCUGGUGAUAAUUUGAGCUCCUCAGACACAAACCACAUGAGAAAAUGUCUGUAUGUAAGUAGACGAGACGUUCAGGAGGCUCAGUAGACAUAUAAGGAAAUGUAAAGUCAGCCUGUCUAAAUAUUCACAUUAAACCAUCUGCUGUGUU